UACUACAACUACUACUGCUGCUGCUGCUACUACUUAUCAUUUGACAGUUGACGGAUUUCGAAAGCCUAACUCUUCGUGCAUAUGACUCUAAAAAGGGAUUAUGAAACUUGCAAUUUUAUGAAAAUAAAAGAACAUGGAGGAUAGCCAGAGCAUAGAGACAGCCAGACAGGAAACUUCAAACCACGGAGAUGGCGUGCCCAUAAAAAAUCUCGGCCGGCUCGGACAGGCCCUAUGGAGACAGACCCUAACAGAGUUUAUCUAUAAUAAUUUUUAAAGUACACUUAACAUUUUCAGAUUCCACAAUUACUAUGGAAGCUAUCUGUAAAAAAAAAAAGAAAAAAGAAAAAACUCUAAAUAAAAGUGUAUUAAGACAAGGCAGGAAAAUUAAGUUAGAUAUUUUUAAAAAUGAAUUAACAAAUAAGCAUUAUAAAACAACAGAUAAGCAAUCGACAAACUUUUUUAAACAAAAUGAAAAGUCAAAGUUUUUGUUAACAAAUGAACACAAAAAUAUCAAUGGAUUAAUAUUUAAUGACAAGUAUAUUCCUGAAGAAUUGCUGAUAGAAAUUUUAUGUUAUGUAAAUUCCAAAUCUUUACUCGAUUGUCAAUUAGUUUGUCAAUACUGGAAAACAAUUAUACAAACACGAGUUUGGCAUAAGAAAGCUGAGCAAACAAUACAGCAAACUUUAAGUUUUGACAAACGUACACCAUGGAUGACUUACUAUUGUAUGUCACAUAAAAUGCCUUUUGAUAAAAAUUUAAUAAAAAAUCAUUCAGGACAAAAUGGUACUGAUUCUCACUGGGAAUUGCCUCCAAUCUCAAGUAUACAAUGGUCAACAGAAAAUCCCAUGGUACCAUUAUUGCCUGAUGAUUUGUCACUCAAGGACGAAAAAGUUUGCUUUGUUACAUCUUCCUGUAUGACUUGGAAAUAUCAAGUUAUAGAUCUGAUCAAAGAAGGUUUUACAAGCUAUUUAUUAGACUAUUUACAACCAACAAUACAAGUAAGCGAGUGGUUUUGCUGUUUAAAUACUCCUGCAAAGUACAUUUGUGAUAUAGAACUCUUAAAAGACAAUGGAGAAAAGAAACUGAUAUAUUGUAGUUUAGAAAAUUAUGAUGACUCAAGUUGGGAUAUGUAUAAUCAUUUUACAUUUUCAAGAAUUAUCAAAACUAGUGAACAAAACCAGUGGUACAAAUAUGAACAAAAAUUUAAAAAUUAUGGCAGAGGAUUAAGAAAAAUAAAAUUUAUCCAUGGCGGUAGGAAGAUAAAUCAUUAUGGCAAUGCUAUUGAAAAUGAAAUUGGAGUCAAAAUGACAAGAGCUUGUAUUAAAAUAGACUUACCUUCUUUAGAUUACAAUCACAUAAAAAGUUUAAGUUCAUUUUACUAAAUAUAACUGUGAUACAAUACAAAAUGUCACAUUAAUAUAAAA